AUGGCAGAUAAGAAGGAGUACCAAGUAACAAUUCGACGAGGAAGCUUCGGCGAUCCGAGAGAAAGGGUACUCAGGCCUGUGUUCUGUAAUCGCUCUCUUCUUACAAUGAACAGCCGGCAGGACCGUUUAAUAUUCUUUAGCGAUUUUUUGCCUCGCGUCGAGGCUGGCAACGGGCCACGCUCCGACGAACUUUCCCUCUUGACGGGUUUCCCUCCCGAAGAGGGAACCGGCCGCGGGGACACGCGCUUCUCCUCGAACCAACGAGCCAACUCGCAACUCGAAAGAUUAGCUUCGACUCGCUCCCACGCCUCGUCGCGCUAUCGCGUCAUCGCGCAGAUUGAAUCUCGCCGCUUGCAGACCUCCUCCAGAACGACAGAGGCAGCCGGUUCCGCUGUCGAUCCGCGCUCGCAGCCGCGAAAACAUGCAAACUCUGUUAGCCAGACUUAUUAAGGAAGAGAUAUUUGCCGGCCGUUUCCGCGUUUACAUUGAAUGCCGUCGCGGUGCCGCGAGAGGAGAAUUGAUGCCCCCGUGGACGGAGCCGCUUAUCGAUUCAGUCGCGGAAGACGCGUAAAUCAGGGGAAAUAUGAACGAAACAGCGAGAUAAACACCUGAUGUAUUAGUGCCGCGACGGUGACCGAUGAUGACGUUAAAUACGAUAGCCGGUCCCUUGGCUUUUUCAGCUUCCUCGUAAUGCCGCACGAGCGUUUACGCAUUAGCUGAUCUAUGCGUCCCGCAUUUCCCAAACGAUCGUCGAUUUAUCUUGCGCCCCUGUGAAUUAAGGAUACGUAUGCUGCUGUUGAUUUAUUUAUUUCAUCCCUUUCUCAGUAUUCAUACACAUCUCUUUUUCUUUUUCAUCUCUAUUUUGCACGAUUUUUUUUUUCUUUCUUUUCUUAUAGAAUUUGGAAGUAAGCUGCACUUGCCAAGGCAAGCCUGUAAAAUCUUCAAAGACAUUUCAACUUCCUUUCAGCUGCGAAUACACUCGUCACGAAGAAAUGACAAUUUUUUGUGCAAUAACGAGUAUUCUCGACGAGAAAAGCAAUCGCAAUUUUUCUUACACAAAAUUAAAUUAUUUUUGCAGAAGCUAAGACGUAUUUUGGUAAAGUUUAGACAUUUUAGAGUAUAUUUCGAGACUAGUUUCUUUUUUACAUCAUUUCUAAAUGAUCUCUUGCGCGACUUGUUGUUUCCAUUGCGUGAAAAUCAAUCUGGAUGCGUAUAUAAUUUCACGCGUACAUACUGAAAAAAAUCAUCUUUUAGACGGUUUUUAUUUGAUUCCAUUCUUGUUAUAUAAAAAGAAUUAACGCGUGCAAAUCUUCUGUUGAAGUGUACUGAAAAAGUAUACUGAAUUAUAUCUAAUUCAAGAUAUAAAUUCAAUACGUACAUCAGUUGGUCGGUUAUUAACAACGAAGCUUAUAUGUUUCGUCGGAAAACAUUUUCCUCUUCUAAUGCUAUGCCUCAUAACAAGACAACAAAAACAACAACAACAACAAUAAUGACAACGAUUAUAUCAAUGAUAAUAUCAAUGAUAACAAUAAAGAUAAUAUCAAUGAUAAUAAAAAUGAUGACAAAAACAAUAAUAACAAUAAUAAUGAUAACAAUAAUAACAACAAGAACGAUACUAAUAACAACAAUAACAACAACAACAACAACAAGACAUGUAGAGAGCAGAAAGACAAUAAUCCAGUCAAGGCAGUACGGGAUCUUCUUUGCAACUCAAAGUUUGUGCAUUCACACAAACAAUGUGUCGAGCUGUAGACAUCUGUUGCAGAAGGGAGGAUCAGUUUUCUUAAUUAGACGCUCGUUAUCAAUCAAUGUGAUACCGGCAGAGCGCCGCGGGCCGGAGCGAGAGGAGACGUGGGCAUUGGCCCCGGACCAGCACGACCCGUGUCCUUUCUUCGACGACGUCUCCGAUGUCAAAUCGAAGCCGGUGCACGACGCGGAUGCCGCGCAAUCUCGGAUCGUCGGUGACACUGGCGAGCAGCAGCCGGAGGGUGGCACCUUGCCGCGAACCCAGGAAACGAGAAAGAGCAAGACGAAGAAAGUGAAGAGCUACCUGAGGAAGUGCAAGGGUGCUCUUUCCAAAGGCGACGAAAGUUCCUCGGAGAAGAAACGGCCGGAACACUGUGCCUCUUGGUACCUGGACGAAUCUCACCAGGAGGACCUCGACGUCCUCUUGCAGAAACAGUCGGAGAACUACUUGGACGAGAGAAUCACGGAGACGGAGGAAGGACUAUCGAUAAGAAACGACAGCUUGGAAGGCACUCGGUCGUCGAGCGACGAUCCUCCAACCAGUUCUUCCACGAAAGAUGACAAUCGCGACGAGUCAGAGGACGAACCACUCGCGAGACUAACCGAGGACGAAGCGAACGAAAGCAACGAGGCUGAGCUGAGAAGAAGCCGGACGUCCGUGUACGAGGAUGCGAGAGACUCGAUGAACGAUCGGGAGUGCACGGUGGACGAGUGUGAAGCCUCCUGCGUGUUCCCCGGCACGGCCGAGAGGAACGACGCGCUGUCGCUGGAGACUCUCACCACGGAAGACACGAAUUUGAACAAGUGUGACUCGAACGACACUCUGAUCGCGGAAGUGGCGGCCAGUGGGCCGGAUAGCUCGUCGCUGGUCGACGUCGAGGAGGGCAAGGAGGAAGAAAAAACGAGCGACGCGAAGGAGCUGCACGACGAAACACUGAACGCUCUGUCUCCGCUCGGGGUGAGUACAUAA